AUGCUGGAAACUGAAAAAUUUGCUGAAUUUUACGCUAGAUUGAGUGUGGUGGUGAAUGCUUGCAGCAACCUUGGUGAUGCAAUUCCUGAACACAGAAUAGUGAAAAAGAUUUUGAGAUCUCUGCCUAUGAUGUAUCACGCCAAGAAGACAGCGAUUGAAGAGUGUAAGAAUUUGAACACUUAUAAACUUACUGAGUUAAUUGGUUCUCUUACCACUUAUGAGAUGGAAUUUCCAGAAAUAAAGAAAAGCAAGGGCAUUGCUCUAAAUACAGUGAAAGAAGAUGGGAGUGACAGUGUGUCAGAAGACAAAAUGGAUUAUGCUUUGCUUACAAAACAAUUUCGUAAGUUUUUGAAAUCUAAGAAUUCAAGGUCUGGUGAACAAAGAGGAAAUUCAGGUUCAAGUACAAGAGGGAGUCGCCCUCGUGAGUUUACUUCUGACAAGUUAUCACAUACAACCAGAACUAUGGAGAGAAAGGGCUCUAAAGAUUCACUGAAGUGCUUUGAAUGUGGUGGAUAUGGACACUUUGCCUCUGAAUGCGCAAAUAAUUUGAGGAAGCAAAAUAGUGGGAAAAAUAAAGUAAUGGCAGCAACUUGGAGUGAUAGUGAGUCUGAUAAUGAUUCAAAUUCAGAAAAUGAAGAUCAAGUUGUUGCUUUCUCUGGGAGAAUUCAUGCGCAAAAGGAUGAGAACUCUGAUGUUGAAGAACCUGAGAUAGAAGUGGUGAUGAAGCAAUUCAACAGUCUCUAUGAUUCCUCUGAAAAACUGAAGAAGAAAAAUGCAGAGCUUGUUGAUCAAGUGGCUUUUCUACAAGACGAAACUGACCAGGACUGA